CCCCGCGGCCUGAGGGGAUUUUUUGGGACGGUGUUUGGAAGAGAAGGAAGCGCCAUGGCGGGCGCGGAGGCUCAGCGUCUUCCCCGGCAGCUUUUUCUCGGAGGCCUUGCCGCCGCCUUCCUCGCUGCCUUCGCUUCGCUCUACCUCCAGGUCCCCGGCCUGUAUGGCAAAGAUGGGAUCCUUCCUGCCCGGAAGAUGCUCCGCUUCACCGGCAAGAGCUUUUGGGAUCAGGUGCGGGAUGCGCCUACCCUCCUGUGGUUGGGACCUCAUGUGGGGCUGGACGUGGAGCAAGGCAUGGAGCUGCUCUGUCUCCUGGGGACCCUCCUCUCCUUCGGGGCCCUGAUCCUGGAGCCCCUGCGUGACAGCCUGGUCUUCCUGGUCCUCUGGGCCCUCUACUUCUCCCUCUACCAGGUGGGGCAGGUAUUCCUGUAUUUCCAGUGGGACAGCCUUCUUCUGGAGGUGGGCUUCCUGGGGGUGCUGGUGGCCCCGCUGCACCUGCUCAAGUGGCGUUCCACGGCCUGGAGACCUCACGAUGGAGUGACCUUUUGGCUGCUCCGCUGGCUGCUCUUUCGCCUCAUGUUUGCCUCUGGAGUGGUCAAGCUGACCAGCCGCUGCCCCACCUGGUGGGGCCUCACAGCUUUGACCUACCACUAUGAGACCCAGUGCAUCCCUACUCCAGCCGCCUGGUUCUUCCACCAGCUCCCUGUCUGGUUCCAGAAGUUCAGUGUGGUGGCCACUUACGUGAUCGAGAUUGCCAUUCCGCCCCUCUUCUUUGUGCCACUUCGCCGCCUGCGCCUCUUUGCCUUCUACAGCCAGAUAUUCCUACAAGUCCUGAUCACCCUCACAGGGAACUACAACUUCUUCAACUUCUUGACCGUCGUGCUGUGCUUCUCCCUACUGGACGAUGAACACUUGGGGUUCUGGCUGGGCCAUGGACGGAAGAAGGCGGCCAGCACCGGGCCCCGGAGCCUGGCGUCCAUCCUGUCCUUCCUGGCCGAACUGGGUGCCUACGGCCUCCUGCUCUACUGGACCAGACUCUACUUCGGGUUGGAGGUCAACUGGGAGAAGAAGGCCCUUGAAUCCAAGACCGCCUUCACAUACCACGAGUUCAUGCAGUGGUUGCGGAUGGUGACUCUUCCCUUGGUGGGCUUUGGGCUCCUCUCCUUAGUUUGGGAGAUCCUCCAAGCUGGAUACAGGAGUACCUGCGUACGAGGAUUCUUCUGGAAACUGUGGGCAACCACUCAGUGGGCCAUCUUUGCCACGGCAGCUUUGGGGAUGUUCACCAUCAGCCUGGUGCCCUUCACCUACAUCGAAUACGAGUCCAAUGGGAAGCUCUGGCCCAGCGUCCACCAGCUCUUCAGUGCCGUGGACCGGUACCAGCUGGCCAACUCCUACGGCCUCUUCCGGCGCAUGACGGGGGUCGGGGGGCGGCCGGAGGUCGUGGUGGAAGGCAGCUACGACAAGAAGACCUGGACGGAGAUCGAGUUCAUGUACAAGCCAGGCAACGUCAGUGGGCCGCCCCCCGUCGUGGCCCCACACCAGCCCCGCCUGGACUGGCAGAUGUGGUUCGCCGCCUUGGGACACCACACCCACAGCCCCUGGUUCACCAACUUCGUCUACCGGCUCCUGCAAGGAAAGGAGGAGGUGAUCCACCUGGUGCAGGUAGACGGCUCCAAGUACCCCUUCAGCUCCAACCCACCUUCCUACAUCCGGGCCCAGCUGUACAAGUACUGGUUCACGGAGACCGCGGAGGACGGGUCCCUUCCCCGUCAGUGGUGGAGGCGGCAGCGGAUUGAGGAGUUCUACCCCACGGUCUUCCUGGGGGACCCCAACCUGGAGGCCCUGUUAGCCCAGCAUGGGCUCAAGGACAAGGCCCCCCUGAAGCGCCCCUCGCCUUCCUUCCUGCCGAAGGCCCUCCACUGGGCCAGGGACUUUGUCCACCCGCACUCGGGCCCUGCGGUCAUCUGGUCCCUGUACCUCACCGCGGCCACCAUCUCCGUCCUGCGGGCAACGGCGGGGUGGCUCCUGUCCGGAAGAGGAGCGGGGGCCCCGGCCGGAGGGAGGCCCAAGGGCGCCCGGAGGGCAGAGCCGGCCGCGGUGGAUGCCGCUGGAGGAGGGGACCACGCCGGCAACGAGAAGAACGGGCAGGUGAGGAAGAAGGAGGCGGGCCUUGCCCCCGAAAAGCCCCGGGGGGGCCCUUCUGCAGCAGAGCCCCCCACGGACGGGCUGAGGAGCGUCCGGAGGAAGAAGUAGCCGCCGCCCUGCCGUCCGCGUCUUCCACUGGGACUGAAGCCACCAAACUAUGUCUCCCCUCGGAGAAGGGCCUCUUUUUAUCACGGGUGGGAGGAUGCCCCUCCCGUUCCGUGGCUGGGCUUGGGGAAGAACGGGGAGGCCUUGCUCUGGGCCUCCCCCUUUCCUCUCUCCUCCUCCUCUCAUUGCCUACCCGCACUUCUUGCUUCUCUUUCUCCACUAUUUCCUCUUUGUUUUCUUAGCCUCCCAUUCUCCCCCUUCUUUUUCUUUCCUUUCCCCCCUUUCUCCUUCCUCUUCCCCUUUCUUUUCUUUCCCUCCUCUUUACCCCUCCUUUUGUUCCUUCUCCUUUCCCCCUUUCUUCUCCAACCCUUCCUCUCUUCAUCUCUCUCACCUUUUACUUUCCUUCCUCUUUUCUCACCUUUCUUUCUCUCCCUUUCUCUUUUCUCUUUUGCUCCUCUUCCCUCUCCCCUUUCUUUCCCUCUUCUUUCCUCCUUUCUUUCUCCCCUUUCUUUCCCUCUUCUUUCCUCCUUUCUCUCUCCUUCCUCUUCCCCCUUUUUUCUCUCCUUUCUCUCUCCUUACUUUCCCUCUCCUUUCCCCCCUUCUUUCUCUCACUUUCUUCAUUCACCUUCCCCUCUCCUUCCCAUUUCCCCCUUUCUUUCUCUCCUCUUUCUUCACUUUUCCUCUUUCCCUCUCCUUCCUCUUUUCCCACCUUUCUUUUUCUCCACCUUUCUCUUCCCCUUCAGUCCUCUUCCCCCUUUCUUUUUUUCUCUUUCUCCCCUUUCUCUCCUCUUUCGCCUUUUGCUCUCCUUCCCAUUUCCCCCUUUCUUUCUCUCCUCUUUCUUCACUUUUCCUCUUUCCCUCUCCUUCCUCUUUUCCCACCUUUCUUUUCUCCCCUUUCUUCACCUUUCUCUUUCUCUUUCCCUUCACUCCUCUUCCCCCUUUCCUUUCUUUCUCUCCUCUUUCUCUCUCCAUUGUUUCUCUCUCCUUUCUUCUCCUUCUCGGUCCUUUCCUCUCUUUCUCCUCUCUCCCAUUCCCAUUUGAGGGUCUGCUGCAUACAGACGAGGCUUUUGGGGGGCCGGGGCCCUGCUUGAUUGAAUGUGUCCCCCAUUCCAUCCCUGUUUCUUCCUCUCAGACUUUUUCUCGCCCGGUAUCCCAUAAUGGGACCCCAUCCAAUGCAUUGGUGGCCUCUCUAGAGGAUGGCGACUACCCUCGACCCCUCCAUGCCAAGGAUCCAUAUGUGGCCAUAGGGCACAAGGGGGGCACCUAGAAAUGGCACCAGACCCUCCCCCCAAAUGCCUCCUCCUCUUGCCUGCAAUUUGACCCCUGACUCCCCCAAAAGUGGAUACUACAACGCCACUCUUGGCUUAGUUUUUUUUUUCAUUUCAAUAUGUAUUAUGAUGGUUUGUUCGGAGCAUAUUUUUGGCUGGAAAACUGGCCAAUUUUAACGUUUUAGGAGCAAUCAAGACUGCUUUUGGGGAUAUAAACUCAAUUGCCAUUUCAUGUCGCCGCCUCCUCACAAAGUUAGGAAAACUUCACCCUCCCAAACGUCUGGCAGAUUGCCAGGUAGUAAAGCGUUUCUUUUCUGCAGAUAUUUGUGGGGAAAGUAUAACCUCAAAGAGUUCCUUCCCUUUCUUUCCCUUUCUUUUCCCUCCAUUGGAAGAGGCAGCUCUUUCCUCCUUUUGCAACCAAACACUCUCCCCAUUUUAGGGCUGAGGAUGGAAGGGUUUUUGUGGGGUGGUGGUCUUGUGGUCUUGCUCUAUACAGAUUCUCCACCCCAACCCUCCCUCCCCAUCUGUCGGUCCCCUUGCUCUUGCCUUCGCCCCCAUUUGUGCCUCAGUUUGCCAGAGAGAGGGGAAGAUAUGUGGGGGGAAGACCAUUGCAAUCAUGUGUGCUGUGUCCAUUGAGGAGGGGGCCAGGGACCCCUCCGCUUUGCCCCUUGAGCUGAGCAGAGCUGCGCUUCUCCGGAGAAAAAGAACAAGAGAGUUAUCUAUAAUUUUUUCUAAAUAAAGCCUUUACAUUCCA